AUGCUGCGCGCGGCGUGGCGCUGUCGAUGUCCCGGGCGCAGCUUCUCCUCCGCGCGCCAGGUGUGGCGCUGGGGCGGGGAGUCGGCGCCGGCGGCCGUGGCGGCGCCGGGGGCCAGCGCGGUGGCCUGCGGCGGGGGGCACUCGGCCUUUGUGGCGCAGGGCCGGCUGCAGAGCUUCGGGGCCAACAACUGCGGCCAGCUCGGCCGCAGCGGGGAAGACGCCCAGCCAGGCCCAGUGGAGCUGGUGGCCCCAGAUGGGCACAGACCCCCGGUGCAGCUGGUGGCGCUGGGGGCGCGGCAUUCCGCAGCCAUCACGGAGGGCGGCAUCCUGUGGACCUGGGGCUACGGCGGCAGCUUUUGGUAUGGCGCUGGGGGACUGGGUCUAGGAAAGAGGUCAGAGGUGAGCAGCCCGGAGAUGGUCAUGAGCUUUGUGAACCAAGGGGUUGAGGUGGCGCAGGUGGCUUGUGGCGGCCUGCACACCUUGGUUCUAGAUCAGGAUGGGAAAGUGCACAGUACGGGCCAAGGAGGGUUUGGCCGUCUUGGCCGCGGUGGUGUGGCCUCCCGAGGGGACGAGUACGAUUUUCAUGAAAUUGUCUUUUUCAGCAAGACCACAGACUCAAUCAUGAAUCCGGGUGAAGAGCCCGCAAUCGUCAAGGUAGACGCGGGCCGGGAAUUUUCCGCCGCCAUGUCAUUGCAUGGCGAGCUCUGGGUGUGGGGUCGCAAUGAUUACGGCCAGCUUGGCAUGGGCUUCGAGGUGAUGAAAGAUCGGAACUUUUGCAUGCAGUACCCAUUCCUCAUGAGAACCUUGCCCAUGGAGGGCCAUGUGAUCCGCGACUUUGCCUGCGGCGAGACGCACAUGGUGAUGGUCACAACUGCGGGUGCCAUUUACGAGUGGGGCAAUCGCCAGUACUUCGAGCCCACUGCAAUCACGCUGCCAAGCCGGUACCAAGAGGGGAUUAAAGGGGUUUGGAAGGUCGCUGCUGGUGAGAACUGUUCCUUUGCCCUGACGCAGGAUGGCGAGCUGUACAGCUGGGGUCGGAGAUCCACUGGCUGCCUGGCCUCGGGUAUAGGCGACGAAGAGGUGCGAAGGCCCACGCUCGUGCCUCCGGAGACCUUUGGCAACCAGCGCGUGCUAGACAUUGCUGUUGGCAAGCAGUGCUGCCUUGCGAUCACCGAGCCUUGA